AUGGUAAAACAAAUUUUUAUUAUAACAUUAUCUUAUCUUUCAUUAUACUUGAAUGCCUGGCCUGAUGGAAUGCCGUGUUCUAAGGGUCAAUUAAAAUCUAUGAAUCCAUUAGAAGCUCCAGAACAUCAGGGUGGUUUGAUGUUAACUGAACCACCAUAUGAAAUUGAGGUUUCAUCUAGAUGUUAUUGGCGUAAUACACCAAUUUCUGUAACCUUGAAAGGUAAAGAUAGAAAGACACGUUUCAAAGGUUUUGCCAUGCAAUCAAGAUAUUUUAAUGGACCAAUGAGAGGACAAAGAGCAGGCUCUUUCCUAAGACUUGAUGCAAAUGGUUCAUGGCAAGUGCAAUGUUUUAAACAUAAUAAUUCUAUAACACAUUCACAUAAUGAAAAAAAAUCACAAUUAACAUUUUGGUGGAAGUCAAAUGGUGAUGAGGCACAUGCAAUACAAUUUGUUGCAACAGUUGUCGAGUCAGUUAAAGUAUUUUGGGUUGAAAGUGUACUUUCAAAUCCAAUACCACCAUGUAAAAUAGAAAGAGAAUUUGGUCCAUGGGAACCUAGUCCUAUAACACCACCACCUAUUCCAAGUCAAUUUAAAAUUGAGACAGCUGAAAUAUUUAGAACAGGUCUAAUGACCUCUAAUAGAAUACCUUUUCAAAGAAAUAUGAAAGAUUCAAGAAAGGAAGAUUUUGUUAGUUUUCAAACAAAAAGUACCCUUCCACGACAACAACCAUUAAGAACAACAGCAGCACCACGACAAAUACAUGAAGGAUCUGUAACUACUAACUUUUUAAUUAAUUCAACUCCAUCAAAAGGUAUUAAAAUAAGUCAUGUAACAUUAAAACAAAGACAAAAUUUAUCACAAAAAAGAGGAAGGAUUUGUAUUGAUAAGGCAGAUAAAAAUAGAUGUCUGGCAUGGGCAAGAUUCUGUCAACAAAGUAUAGCCAUUAGACAGGCAUGCAGUCGAACAUGUAGAGUUUGUUGA